GAGGCUUCCUCUCCUCCCGGUUCCUCUCCUCUCGGUUCCUCUCCUCUCGGUUCCUCUCCUCCCGGUUCCUCUCCUCUCGGUUCCUCUGCUCCCGGUUCCUCUCCUCUCGGUUCCUCUCCUCUCUGUUCCUCUCCUCUCGGUUCCUCUCCUCCCGGUUCCUCUCCUCUCUGUUCCUCUCCUCUCGGUUCCUCUCAUCUCGGUUCCUCUGCUCUCGGUUCCUCUCCUCCCGGUUCCUCUCCUCUCUGUUCCUCUCCUCCCGGUUCCUCUCCUCUCGGUUCCUCUCCUCCCGGUUCCUCUCCUCUCGGUUCCUCUCCUCCCGGUUCCUCUCCUCUCUGUUCCUCUCCUCUCGGUUCCUCUCCUCCCGGUUCCUCUCCUCUCGGUUCCUCUGCUCCCAGUUCCUCUCCUCCCGGUUCCUCUCCUCUCGGCUCCUCUCCUCUCGGUUCCUCUCCUCUCGGUUCCUCUCAGGAUGCCGAGCUGCUCUGGAGGACGCGCGGCGCUCUGGAUUCUGUGCGUUUGUUUCUCCGCUCUGCAAACCGCUGCACUCAGGGUGUCCAUGAUGGAGUCCAGAGUCACGGUGGUUCAAGGGGACGUGGCGGUCCUGCCCUGCUCCUUCUUCACCUCCGGCCCGCUCUCCAGACUCAACGUCAUCUGGACUCUGGCUCCGUUCUCCAGCCCUGAAACCCCGACGCAGGUGAUUGUGUACGACCACGGUCAGGUGAUUGAAGACCCCUCAUUCAGCGGCAGGGUGGCUUUUACAGGUAUUCCCUGGAGUGCAGAUAUUGUCGUGAAUGACACUCGUGUGUCGGAUGGCGGUACUUACCGAUGCGUGAUCAAUAACCCACCAGAGACCGCCGACCCCGGCAUCGGAGAGCUGGAGCUCAGAGUUCAGGCGCCGCCCUCGCGGCCCGUGUGCCGGUGGGACGGCGGCGUGGAGCUGGGGGGCCGCGUCACGCUGUCCUGCUCGGUGCUGGAGGGGGAACCGAGUCCAGAGAUCCACUGGGACAAGAUGAGUCCUCAAGAACUGACACUAAUCGCCAUGGAGGGCUCCGUCCAGAUGGUCAACGUCUCCUCCCAGACGUCCGGCCUGUACCGCUGCUCCGCCCGGAACCUCCUGGGAACGGAGCACUGCUACGUCAGCCUGUCGCUCGACACACGCCCGGACAGUUCCUCUGGCCUCCUGCAGGCGGCGCUGCUCACCUUGUCCAUGAGCUCGGUGCUGAUGGCGCUGCUGGCGCUGGCGCUGUGGCUCCAUCGCACCGGACAGGACGGCAGGAGGAAGGAGGGCAGAGAAGAGGAGGAGGAAGAGGAGGAGAGUUCCAACGAGAUACGAUGCAUUCCCUCUCUGAUGAAGCGUUCCUUUGUUUGAUUGGUCGACGCCCCCGAGAGACAAAAGAGACGCUUCAACAAAAGAGACUUUGUUUAGUCGAGAUAAUUAAUUUGUUUAAUUUACGGACAAACCACUCCCGCCUCACGCCGCUGUACUGAGCAAUCACACAUCUUUAAAUAAAUGCCCAGGCUUCCAGGA